AUGGAUAAUAACCUGUCGCCGGAACAUUUCCAACUGAUAAGGAAGGUUUUACGGGAAACCUCACGAAAAGAGCAAGACAGACCAUUAAAAAGGAAAAGGCGAAAAGUCCAUGAAAACAGCACGAAAGAUCCUGAGCCCAAGGUUACCAUAUCUAUAGAUUCCUCCGAUUCAGACUCAAGAGUUGAAGAUAAACCCGAAGUUGUUGAUUUACAAUCGGCUUCGGAUGCUGGGAAAGAAGAAACAUAUGAGGACGAAGGGUCGGAAGAUUAUGACGACAGCGAUGAAUUUGAGGACGUCACAGAACCCGUCACUUUCGAUGCAGCUGGAGUUUUGUCGGUCACCAUAGCUCCCAAGCAGGAAACAAAGAAAGGAUCUGGAGCAAAGGCGAGAAACAUUUGUUCUAAUGAAGAACGUCAAAGAAGAAGAUACUACCACAUGGCUUACUUACUAUGUUUGAUGGUACAUGGAGCAAUAGUUAAUGACUGGAUCAACAACUCCAAACUGCUGCGGAAGCUGAGCAAACUGAUCGAUGAGAAUCUGUUUAAUUUAUUGCAUCCUGAGAAAGAUGAUCAGAUGCCCCUACGGAGUACUAGAAAGCUCCUUGAUGGAUUAAAGAAGUGCAUGGAGCUGUGGCAGAAACAUUGGAAGGUGAAGAAAAGGUACUCUGGUUUGGAGUAUUACAUGCGGAGCUGGCAAGAGACUGACGGACCGAUCGAUUUGAAGAAAACGUUGACGGAGAAUGAAUUUGUACGACGGGUUUUAAAAGGCCAUGGCAAUUGUGAUCUUGCAACUCAAGGCUUUGUUGCACUUCUCAGAUCCUGCAACGUGAAUGCAAGAUUAGUUAUGUCAUGUCAACCGCCAGAUUUUACCAAUUUAAAGGAGCAGGAAUCACCAACAAGCAGGGCGGAUACGUAUUCAAAUUCAUUUAAGUAUCCAAUCUUUUGGUGCGAAGUAUGGGAUAAGUUCACCAAGAAAUGGAUAACGAUUGAUCCCACCAACCUGAAGACCAUUGAACAAGUUAGGAAUGGUUCGAAGUUGGAGCCUCGAGGGGUUUCGGCCUGCCGAAGAAAUAUGAUGAGGUAUGUGAUAGGGUUAGACAGGAAAAAUGGCUGUAAGGAUAUCACCAGGCGUUACGCCUCUUGGUUCAAUUCCAAAUGCCGAAAGAGACGAAUCACCAACAGCGCACCGGGGUCUGAAUGGUAUGAUAAAGUAAUCUGCGCCUUACAUAGAAGGAAAAGAACUAGGAUAGAUGAUUAUGAAGAAGAAUACUUCAAUCAAAGAGAUGAAGAUGAAGGUAUGCCCGAUAACCUACAGGACCUGAAGAAUCAUCCGAAAUUUGUUCUAGAGAAGGAUAUAAGGAUCAAUCAGGUUUUAAAGCCGAACAGUAAAGAAUGCGGGUACCUAAAUGUCAAUCACGGAAGGCAAGUUCUUAAAGUUUUUGAUAGAAAAGACCUGAUAGAUCUAAAGAGUGCGAAACAGUGGUACAUGGAGGGCAGGAUUUUGAAAGUAGGUAGUCGAGUUAGGAAAACGAUAAAAAAAUCAAAAGGAAGAAUGAGAUCGAUGACUGGCAUCGACGGAGAAGUCGAGGAGGAAAGAUUAUACAGUAUUGACGAUACAGAGCUGUAUCAUGCGCCACUAGCAAGUAGCCCCGAUGGAAAGAUUGAAAAGAACGCAUAUGGUAACAUCGAAGUGUUUGUUCCAUCCAUGAUUCCUGCCAACUGUUGCCUGAUUGAGAGCCCUAAUGCAAUCAAAGCAGCUAAGUUUCUUGAAGUCGAAUAUGCUCGGGCUGUUUGUGGGUUUAAGUUUGAGAGAGGCAAUUCUUCCAAGCCCAUCAUUGGUGGUGUUGUUGUGGCAAAGUGGUUUGUCGAAGCUGUCGUUAGUGCUAUAGAUGGCAUUGAAUAUUCACUUGAAGUAGAUGAAAGACAGAAGCAGGAACUCAAAGCACUGGAAGAUUGGAAUGUGCUGCUGCUGAAAAUUAGAAUCAAGAGCAAUUUGAAUGCUACUUAUGGCCAAAUCCAGGAACAUGGAACUGCAACCAACAAAGAUGAUAUAAAUGAUUCCUCUGCGGAUGACUCUGAUUUCGAGGCGCCAGCCGGUGGGUUUUUACCAGUUCCUAAUGCUGAUACUGAAGCGGCGCAACCCACAAUGACCGAUUCUGAUGAACAUGAAAAGUUAGAACCUCAGGAAGAAGGAGGUUUUGUUGUUGCUGCGAGUGAGAGCAAGUUGACUUCAGUCAAACAUGACAGAACUGAAGGAACUUGUGCAGCAAAGAGCCAAAAAAGUCUGGAUCUCGAUGAGAAAUCAGAAGCGGAUGAAGAAACGGAUGGUAGCUACGAGCAGUUUAUGGAAGAGCUUGAUUUCUCUGAUCAAGACAGUUGA